UCCAGGUGGUCUGCUCGGCUUCCUAAUGCAAUCCAGCACCAGAGCCAUAAUAAACAGCUCUAUUUAGUGCCUCCUCCCUGGAUUCAGGGAGGUGAACUGGUCUGGGUUGCUGUGAUGAAAUGCCAGAAGAAUCUCUCUCUGAGGCCUCACAAGCUGAUUUUUAGAGCUUCGCUGUUCUGUCGUCUUUGUCUUCCAAAUGGGAUCCAAUGAUAGCUGGACAAGUCAGUAAGCCCUUGCUGUCAGCGCGGAGUGAAAUGAAUGCGGAGUUGAGAGGUGAGAACAAGGCUGCUACUUCAGACAGCGAGCUGAAUGAGCCCCUGCUUGAGCCUGUGGAAUCAAAUGACAGCGAGGACACUCCCAGCAAGCUCUUCGGGGCCAGAGGAAACCCGGCUCUGUCAGACCCAGGCACUCCUGACCAACACCAGGCCAGUCAGACCCACUCCCCUUUCCCGGUUGGGCCACAGCCACUUCUGACAGCACAACAGUUAGCCUCGGCUGUCGCUGGCGUCAUGCCUGGAGGCACGCCGGCCCUCAACCAGCCCAUCCUCAUCCCCUUCAACAUGGCUGGACAGCUAGGAGGACAACAAGGACUGGUCCUCACUCUGCCUACCGCGAAUCUCACCAACAUCCAAGGGCUGGUAGCAGCUGCUGCAGCCGGAGGCAUUAUGACUCUGCCAUUGCAAAAUCUACAAGCUGCUGGCCAGAUACAGAAUCCGUAGAAGACUCCAGGAGUCCUGGGGAAUGGCC